CCAAAAAUCAGCGUUCCACUAAUUAAUUCCACUUUACCACACUUGCAAAAACAGUCAGAAAAAAAACCCACGUGUCAGACCAAAAUAAUUCAUCUUGUCACCAGUUCCUCCUCAUUCCUUAAAAUAUACUUCCUGUAAAUUUAAACAGAAAGAAAUUUCGAAUCACAAUUCUGCUUUCAGUCACAUUCCUCAAUAAAGCUGAGCAAAGUAAUAACACAGGAACAAUUCAAUAAUUUUCUUUGUGGCAUUUAAAAUAUGGAUUUCGCAUUCCAUCUCUUCAUGAUCUCCUUCUCAGUUUCAGGUGCCAUAUUAACUGGACCAGCUGUCAUAAAUGGAUCAGUGGGACAAUCAAUUACUAUCAGGUGUAAAUACAACAAAUAUUACAGAAAUUAUCCAAAGUACUGGUGCAAAGGUGACAACAGGGAAGACUGCGUAAUUCUAAUAGAAACCCAAGGCCCGAGGAAGACAAAUCCUGGAGGAAGAAUAACCAUAACAGUUGACGAUGACGCAGGAGAAUUCUUUGUCACGAUGGAACGCUUAACAAAAAAUGACCAAGGCUUGUAUUGGUGUGGAGUUGCAAGGUUUUUGUGGGACCUGUUACAUCCUGUGGAACUUAAUGUUGCUGAAGGUACCAAGAUACCUCUUGCAGGUUCGCCUUUAGAGGAGGAAAUUCUGAGGCAAGAUUCUCUGUACUAUUUUAUAUGGAGCAUUUUACGCUGGGCAUUCUUUGCCAUUCUCCUCAUCUGGGCCAUUUUAAUCAAACUGAAAAUAUAGCUGACAAAAUGUUGGACAAUAAGAUCUGUGGCUUUAGCUGACCGUGUCGUCAGCGCCUUCAGUGCACUGUGGAAUGUCCAGUCAAUCAAACAGCAAAACCAUCUCCAUCAUUCGCCAUGUGUAGAGCAUGGACUGACUGAGAAAUAUUAUGUAAUAAUCCUGCAAAGUUCUUCAAAAGUCAUUCAUUCUCUUUAAGGAACAAGUGACCCAAUGUAGGGUAAACACUGCAAAUAGGUCCCUUGCCAUAUAAUUUGAAACCACCAACGAGGUUAGGCUAACCCUCAGUGAUAGAGGAGAGCUGAAUAAUUCCAAUAAAGCCAGAAGAUGGGAUGUUGAAAAAUAUUUGAUUUUAUUCAAUUUGAGGGGAAUUUCUCUUUGCAGCUAUUCAAUGGCUGAGAUUCAUUUGAGUGAUGCAUAUCUGCAUCAGUGCCUGAGCCACAAUUCCAUGUUUCAAUUUCUAUUAAUGGGUGGAUGUGUGAGCUCUCACACUAACUGUGAUUUUCAACUUAUAAAUUUAAAUGGGGGCCACAAUAGCUAUUAUUAGCUUGUACAUAAUAAAGUCUUUUGGAUUAACAAUAGAUGUUUGCCAAAGCAUCAGAUCAUUAUUCCACAGUGUUGAUAACUGAAAUGCUUAUUUUCCAUUUAAUACAUUCGUACCUGCAAUGUAUAGUAUGGACUGGAAAUUUUUCUGGUGUUCUCUUAAGAUUUUAUCCCAUUGUCCUGUCAAAGUUAUGCCAAAAACUUGAGCGAACCACCAUGGAAUUCCAUGAAAUGUUUACCUGGCAACUUUUCUUUAUUCAUUCACAAGAUGUGGGCAUCGCUGGCUAAAUCAUAAUUAAUUGCCCGUCCCUAAUUGCCUAGAGGCAGUUCAGAGCCAACCGCGUUGCUGUGAUUCUGGAUUCACAUGUUGGUCAGACCAAGUAAGAAUGGAUAGUUUCCCCUCCGAAAGGACACGAGUGUACCAGAUGGGCUUUUUUUCUGACAAUUGAUUCAUGAUUAUUGUUAGACUCUUUACUCCAUAUUAUUACUGAAUUCAAAUUCCUGUGAUGGGGAUCGAACCUGGGUCCCCAGAGCAUUACCUGGAUCUCUAGAUUCAGUGUCUAGCAGUAAUACUGCUCGGCCAUUGCCUUCACUCUGAGUUUCUGAGUUUGUGCUUUCUUCAGAGAGCCUCAAUAAGUGGGUGGGGUGGAGAGACUCCCAGGGAAUUCAGGCAUGAUUCCCCAUUCAUUCUAUAUAAUGGUAAGGAAUUUGCCUGAUUGCCCAAAAUAUAUGCAUGUGAUGCACUCUCCAGGUAAGAGAGGUUCUCGGCCAAGAAUUUGUUUCAUAGCUUGAACUGAUUUCUUAUUUGUGCUUCAUAAUGACUGAUGUUGCAGUUUCUAGCUCCUACCAAU